CAAAGCUGUCAACUACAUUGUGCAUUCUUCUGAUCAUACAACCAUGUCUUCCUCCCACCUCAACAAUCUUACCUGUUUUGCGUUUUCCUCAUCAGAUUUCUUGCCACAAGCAGCUUCAACAGUCCUGAGAUUAGAGGGUGCAGCAGAGGGCAAUACUGCUGCUUUGGAGAAGUUUGAGGUGAGUAAACAAAAAAUAAAGAAGAUGUUCAACAAUGUUGAUCUCUCUGUUUCCUCAUAUGAUACCGCUUGGGUGGCCAUGGUCCCUUCUCCAAAUUCCCUGAAGGAUCCUUUUUUCCCUGAAUGCCUAAAUUGGUUAUUGGGUAACCAACACCAUGAUGGUUCAUGGGGUCCUCAUAAUUUCCAUCCGUUGUUAAAAAAGGAUGCUCUCUUAUCUACUUUAGCAUGUAUCCUUGCACUAAACCGAUGGAGCGUUGGUCAAGAACAAAUUAACAAGGGGCUACAUUUCAUUGAGUCCAAUUUAGCUUCAGCUACAGAUGAAGAGCAACAAUCGCCUGUUGGAUUUGAUAUAAUAUUUCCCUCUAUGAUUGAAUCUGCAAUGAAUUUGGAUAUGAAUCUUCCCCUGCGAGGAUCAACCCUAGACUCUAUAUUUCACAGGAGAGACUUUGAGCUUCAAAGAGGUUAUGGAAGCAACUCAGAGGGAUGGAGAGCCUUCCUAGCAUAUACUUCAGAAGGAAAUGGAAAGUUUCAGGAUUGGGAGACGGCCAUGAAGUAUCAACGGAAGAACGGAUCCUUGUUUAAUUCACCAUCAACCACAGCUGCUGCUUUUACUCACCUUAAGAAUCCCAGUUGUCUUACGUAUUUACGCACACUCUUAGAAAAGUUUGGGAAUGCAGUCCCAACAAUUUAUCCUCUAGAUAACUAUGCUCGCCUUACUAUGGUUUCCAGUCUUGAAAGUUUGGGUAUUGAUCGACAUUUCAGGGAGGAAAUUACAGGUGUACUGGAUGAAACAUACAGAUUCUGGCUGCGGGGAGAUGAAGAUAUAUUUUCAGAUGCUGCCACUUGUGCAAUGGCAUUUCGACUCUUACGUGUUAAUGGAUAUGAUGUUUCUGCAGAUCCAUUAACUCAAUUUUCAGAAGAUUGCUUCUUCAAUUCCCUUGGAGGAUACUUGAGGGAUGUUGGCGCUGUGUUAGAAUUGUUUAGAGCUUCAGAAAUCACCCUACAUCCUGAUGAAUCAGUUCUGGAGAAACUAAAUUACUGGACGCGUCGCUUCCUGAAACAAGAAUUAUCCUCUAAUUUAAUUCAAGCACAUAGACUCAAUAAGCAUAUUGGCCAAGAGGUGGAUCAUGCUCUUAAGUGUCCUUACCAUGCAAACUUGGGUCGGUUGUCAAUCAGGAAAGUUAAAAAGCAUUACAACGCAGAUAGUACAAGGAUUCUAAAAUCUUCUUACAGAUCUUUGAACAUUGGGAAUGAAGAUAUCCUAAAACUGGCAGUGGAAGACUACAAUUUUUGCCAAUCUAUACAUCAUGGAGAAUUCAACCAUUUUGCAAGGUGGGUUGUGGAGAACAAAUUAGACAAGCUAAAGUUUGCUAGGCAGAAGCAGCCAUACUGUUACUUCUCUGCUGCUACAAGCCUCUUCCCUCCUGAACUAUCAGACGCCCGCAUAUCAUGGGCCAAAAGUGCAUUUCUCACAACUGUUGUUGAUGACUUCUUUGACAUUGGAGGUUCGGAAGAGGAACUGGUAAACCUUAUACAAUUGGUCGAGAAGUGGGAUGUGAAUGCAAGUGUUGAUUGUUGUUCUGAGCACGUUCAAAUUAUAUUCUCAGCACUUAGGAGCAUAAUUACUGAGAUUGGAGUCGAAGCUUUCAAAUGGCAAGGACGCAGUGUGACAAAUCAUGUAAUUGAGAUUUGGUUGGAGUGCCUCAAGUCUAUGUUGAAGGAAGCUGGCUGGUCGAGAAACAAGUUGGAGCCAACAAUGGAAGAAUACAUGGCAAAUGCAUAUGUAUCACUUGCCUUGGGACCAACCGUCCUCCCCGCUCUCUAUUUUGUUGGGCCCAAGCUUUCAGAGGAUAUUUUAGGAAAUUCAGAACUCCAGCACUUGUUUAUGCUUAUGAGCACUUGUGGCCGUCUUCUCAAUGAUAUCCAAAGCUGUAAGAGGGAGUUAGAGCAAGGGAAGCUAAAUGCUGUGUCAUUGGCCGUGAUUCAUGGCGGUGGUAUUGUUACUGAGGAAGAUGCCAUCAAUGAGAUUCAGAAUGUUAUAAACCGUAAGACAAAAGAACUGCUAAGAUUAGUUGUGCUGGAGAAGGGAAGCAUAGUUCCAAGAGCAUGCAAGAAUUUGUUUUGGAACAUGAACAAAGUGAUCCACCUGUUUUAUUGGAAGGAUGAUGGGUACGUUGGAAAUGAGAUGAUGAAAGAUGUAAAAGAAGUAAUUGAUGAACUCAUCGUAUGAUUAUCAGCCACUGUGGAGAUCACCCUCUACGCUGAUUUGGCAGGUACAUGGAAAUAUAUAGAAGUGUGAGGGAGGAACAAACCAUCAUCGUUUUCUUGGAUUUUUCUAACAUUUAUUUAUGGAAAAUACUCUAUUAAGGAUUUUA